UGUUGACUGACUGUUUUAACCAAACCAGAACCAUGAAUUGUCUUCUGCUUGUGACGUGUUUUUUCGCCAUUUGUGUCGCCUCUCUGGCGCUGGUCUCCAACUGGAACCAAGAGAUGCGUGACUACGUCCUUGAACUUCACAACGACAAGAGGAGGAAGGAGGGAGGUUGCCAGAUCAACAAGCUCAUCUACGACAUGGACCUGGAGAACCAGACGAGACGGUGGGCCGAGGGCUGCGUCUACAAGCACGAGUCUCUGCCUGGGAGGGGAGAGAACUUGGCCUGGAACUCUAUGGAGCAGCCUGAGAAGGAAUUGAUCCUGGGCGGGUUCACUGCCUGGUUUGACGAGAAGAAUUUGUACAGUUACGGCCAGGACUCGUGUUCUAUGUCCUGUCACUACACACAGCUGGUGUGGGACGAGACCCAGAAGGUCGGCUGCUGGUCAACCAGAUGUCUCAACCUGAGAAACGCCUACGAAAACGCCUGGUGGUUGGUCUGCUUCUACACCCCCAUGGGCAACAUGAUCGGGGUACAGCCUUACCAGAAGUCCUGUACGUCUCCCUGCAGAGAAGGUCAGACAGAAGAGAACGGUCUCUGCCUCGAUGGCAUCACUGCUGAGAGUAAACAGGGCAAAGGGAACAGGGACAACAACCUGCUAGACAAGGGCGACAACCAACAAGACAAGGGCGACAACCAACACGACAAGGGCGACAACAAACAAGACAAGGGCGAGCAUCCUGGAUGCGUUGACAAUAUUUGUUUGAUGUAUCAAAAAUCCGGUCGUUGUGGCACAGACGUCAACGUGAAAAGUAAUUGUAAAAAAACAUGCGAACUGUGCGAGGUGGGGGAGCCAUGCGUUGACCUGUACGGUUGCGAGAAAUUUAAAGACAAAUGUGAGUCGCGUAAAGACAUCAUGGGCGAAUAUUGUCCUAAAACUUGUAACUACUGUCAGAAGUAGCCUACAUUUAAAAAAAAAACUCUUUUAAAUCUAAAGGUUGUUUUUUUUUCUUAAAGAAAAAUUAUGUAAAAUUAGUAUUUAAAAAAACAAAACAAGAUCAACAAUAAACAAAUAGGCUGUUUUGUCUAUUUGAUGUAAUAGAUGUUACUAUUUUAAAACUUGUUAGAGUCCGGUGGCAACAUUUCGUCAUAGAU